CAGCGUUCCUUUACAUUGCGUUUUAGAUUCGCAAGCAGAGAAAAAUUUUCAAGUAGUGCUUUUGAACAAGAAUCAAGCACUUACUUUUUGCUUCCUGUCGGCACUGCUGCGUAAAAGCGCAUUCAGCAAGGCCCGAAAAACAGCGCGAGUGAUUGACAGCCAUUUCUUAGCAUAUUGCUGCUCUUUUUUGUCGCUGGAAAAUUAGUUGGGCUUUCCAUUGACAUCAACGGCUGAGCGAUAUGUGUAGAGUGCCAUCAAUAAUCUUCAAAUGAAAUAUCAUGGCAGCUCUCCCUCAGCAGUUCAGCAGAUGGAGUUCCAUGCUGCUGAGGACCAGAGUCUGCCCCGGGAACCUCAGUUGGGCUUCUAGCCGGCUGGCCAGCAGUCUAACCUCAGUGCAUGAUGCUGAUGGUGUCAGACAUAUCACAAUGACUUCACCCAAGACCAGGAAUGCUUUGUCUCUGGAGAUGCUGAGUGAGCUAAAGGAGCAUGUGAAUCAGCUGUCCUCCAGCACCCGGGUGGUAGUGCUGAGCGGUCAGGGCCCUGCCUUCUCUGCCGGUCACAACCUGAAGGAGUUGACCAGUGCACAGGGUCGCGACCACCACCAGUGUGUGUUUGACUCCUGCACGGAGCUGAUGCUCGGUCUCCAGAAGCUGGAAGUUCCUGUCAUUGCGCAGGUGGACGGCACGGCGGCGGCGGCCGGGUUCCAGCUGGUCGCCUCGUGCGACAUCGUCAUCGCCACGCCGCGGUCCAGCUUCUCCACGCCGGGCGGCAACGUGGGCAUCUUCUGCUCGACGCCCGGCAUCGCGGUGUCUCGCGUGCUGCCGCGCCGGCUGGCGGCCCACCUGCUGCUGACCGGGCUACCGCUGAGCGGUGAGGAGGCGCUGCGUGUCGGCCUGGUCAGCCGGCUGGUGGAGCCCGACCAGCUACAGCACGAGACGGCCCACAUCGCCGCCGCCAUCGUCAGAAAGAGCAGGAGCGUCAUCGCGCUGGGGAAGAAGUUCUUCUACCAGCAGCUGGAGCUGCCGAUCGACGAGGCCUACCGGCUCGGUAGUCGGCUGAUGGUGGACAACAUCGCACUCAAAGACGGACAGGAGGGUAUCAGGGGAUUCAUCGAGAAGCGGGAGCCCACGUGGACCCACACGGAUGACAAGGCACAUGACUAGGACGGUCGAAGGGGUUUGUAUCCGCGGGGGUGGGAGGCUGUUACUGGGGUAACGCACAUUAAUAUUUUGUUGCAUGUGCGCUGCAACCGUUGAGUUAUCGGCUGACGGCACAAAUAUGGUUGGCUUGGCUGGCGACCAGAUGGAUGCUUUCAGCGAGCUCCCUUUUGCAUUAACAAUGUCAUUAUGUCGUUGUAGUUGGAUAAAUCGGGAAGUGUUUGCCGGCUGCACACCGCACGGCAUUGGAUGUUCAGCGGGUUUCAGUUGUUGCCUUCUGUGCAAUAACGAUCGGAUUGAGGCAUUGUCGAGGAUGCUUCCCGUUUAUGAUGCUGUUUGAGUUAUUGUGCUUGCAACUCAGAUGGUAUAACUGUUAACUGUUUAAUUCCGUAAGUAAUAAGUUAUGUCAGUCAACUUGGGCAUUGUUAUUGUUCAGAUUGGCUGAGGUUUGUACUGCAUCCAUGCUGUUCAUGUCUGUUCAGGGUGUGAUUUUGUUAUCGUAUUGUGCUUCAGAUGUGUCAAUAAACCCACAUACAUUGGAA